UUUCACUGUUUUUCUUUAUUUUCCUACCCAAACUACUUUUCUCUGGAUCUAAACUCAAACCCUAAACUCUCCUCCUCUAUCUAUCUCAUUUCCACAUAGAAAGCUUCCAGUUUCUGUAUCCCUCUACCAUUCCAAUCAGGUUUCUUAUUUUUUCAUCUUUUCCUCUCCUGCGAAUUUGGUUUAUUUAUAUUUGUGCGUAUUGGAUUAAAGGGUGGGUAACAGAUCAAGCCCUAGGUGUUGAUAUGCGAUUGUCGCCUCUCCACUCUCCACACUCCGACGGCCGGCUUCUAUGCGGCGACUCCACCUCCACAAAGUCGCAGCUCCCUCGUGUUGCUCCACGCCUUUGUGAAUCGUGAGUCGUAGGCAGCUCCUGUUGCUCCGUCGUCUACGCGACGACGCCACUUCCACAGCCGCAGCUUGUGUCUUGGACUCUGCCGUAGCCUGUAGAUACCCCUUAACGUCGCUGCAGAUGGUGGAGUUUGAGUCUUUGAGAUCAUGGUGAUGGAAAAGUAAAAAUUAAAAUUCUAGUGGGGGAGGCAUGUGAGCUGUUUGGACCAGAAGAUAGUUGUUGCAUUAACAAUUUUUAUAAGUUUAUUGGUUCUUUUGGUGCAAAGAAUGGGUAAAUGCAAGGGUUGUGGGAAAUUAGGAAGAAUGGUGCCAACGGAUGGAUCUGUUAGUGCUUAUAAUUCUGCUCUUCUGUUGUCUCCUGUUGUUUCUGUCUGGGACUGCAUUGUUCGUAAAAUGAGGUAUUCCUACAUACCCGAGUGGGUGUAGUUAUAAGGGCUAUCGCUUUAUGUUAGUGUUUUGCACCAUAUUCUAUUAUACUUUGCUUUGUAUCAACGAAAAAAGGGAAAUGUAUGAAUUUUGAGGAAUUUACUUAGAAUAGAAGUGGAGGAAAGGUGAUUGAGUAGGUUGGUAGUUUUCAUGGAUAGCAUGGGAUUUAAUAAAGUGCAACCUGUUGUGAGGAAAGGGAAAAAGAAGCAGGUGAAGGAUGAGGUUGAUCGAAUGAAACAGGCUGAGAAGAAAAAGAGGCGCUUGGAGAAAGCCCUUGCUACUUCUGCAGCCAUCAUUUCUGAACUAGAAAAGAAGAAACAGAAAAAGAAAGAAGAACAACAAAGGCUUGAUGAAGAGGGUGCUGCAAUUGCUGAGGCUGUUGCUUUGCAUGUUUUACUUGGUGAAGACUCAGAUGAUUCAUGUAAGAUUGUUCUGAAAAAAGAUGAAGGGUUCAAUCCUUGGGAUAUUCCUGAUAACAUUGACCUAUUUGUGAGUGGUAAGAGAUCAGGCUUUUCUUAUCAGGACUCUGACAAGCACCCGCUUGAAGGGAUUGGGUGGGUAUCUAAUCCGUAUAUAUCUGGAUGUAAAUGGGGUGGCUUGGAGAGGGGUGACUGGUCAUUCUCAUCUGGGCCUUUUGCAAGGGAUUUUCCUGCCCCAUAUUUUGAGGAAGCAGGUUGGGAAACUACGGGAUUCUCAGCUGGUCUUAUUGCAGCACAGGCUGUUUCAUCCCUCCAGAUCGCAGAGGAUGCUCACGAAGACACGAUUGUCCUGAAUGGAAUGUUAAGGGGAUAGAAUGCACAGCUACAGAAGUAUCUCCAGUUACUUACAGGAGUUUCGGUAGCAUAUCAUUAUUAUUAUUCUGUUUAUAUUUUCCAUAAACGAGUCCUUUGUUGUUAGUUGGAUACAUGCGUUGCUUAUUGUGAACAAUGUUUAAAAAGUGUUGCGCUAUAUUGAACAAUGCUUAUUCGUCUUCUAUUUAUAAGCUUCAGUUUAUAUUCAGUUCAUUGA